GUGCUCCCGAGGGCCGGGGGCGGGGCGGCGGCCGGGGGCGCCCGCUCCUCCCUCUGCGGGCCUGCUGGCGGGCGGCGCCGAGCCCCCUGAGCGCGGCACGUGGGGCGCCUGAGGCUGCAGCAGCCGGCGGCGGCGCUUCUGCGGAGCACUCGGCCGGGCUCCCUCCCACUCCCCCUUCCCCUCUCUUCCACCACGCUGGGCCCCGCGGCCACCAUGGCGUCCAGCGAGGAGGACGGCACCAACGGCGGCGCCCCGGACGCCGGCGAGGAGAGGGAGGCCGCCGGCAAGCGGCGGCGCCUCAGCUUGUUGGCUACCGUCUGGCUCACCUUCUAUAACAUCGCCAUGACCGCGGGGUGGCUGGUUCUAGCUAUUGCCAUGGUACGUUUUUAUAUGGAAAAAGGAACACACAAAGGUUUAUAUAAAAGCAUUCAGAAGACACUUAAAUUUUUCCAGACAUUUGCCUUGCUUGAGGUAGUCCACUGUUUAAUUGGAAUUGUACCUACUUCUGUGCUUGUGGCUGGGGUCCAAGUGAGUUCAAGAAUCUUUAUGGUGUGGCUCAUUACUCACAGUAUAAAACCAAUCCAGAAUGAGGAGAGUGUGGUGCUUUUUCUGGUCGCGUGGACUGUGACAGAGAUCACUCGCUAUUCCUUCUACACAUUCAAUCUUCUCAACCACUUGCCAUACUUCAUUAAAUGGGCCAGAUACAAUUUUUUUAUCAUCUUGUAUCCUGUUGGAGUUGCUGGUGAACUUCUUACGAUAUAUGCUGCCUUACCAUACGUGAAAAAAUCAGGAAUGUUUUCAAUAAGACUUCCUAAUAAAUACAAUGUCUCUUUUGACUACUAUUAUUUUCUCCUAAUAACCAUGGCCUCAUAUAUACCAUCAUCUAGUGAAUGGCAGCACACCAUGAGCAGAGCCAGACCUUGCUUCAGUGUCCGUCAUGUCACAGUUGCAGGUUCAAGUACUGGGUUCCCCUCUUCCUUGUAACCACUGAGGCAUCUCCACGGAAACCCAGGAUCUAACAUCAUGGAUCAAAACCAUCGAACCAGUAACUUUGGAACUGUGUUUUCAGGUGUAGAAAAUUGGUACCCCUGCCUAUCUAGGUCACAUUCUGGAAACCUGGGACCAUGAAAUGUGCUACCUUAAUGGCUCUGAGUAUGCAUCUAGGGAGUGCACAGGCCUCUUCCCCAGUGUAUUUUCCUGAUGGUUAAACCACGUUACCAGUGUACACAUAUCUGAGAUCAAGGGUAGCCCAGGGGCAGCUAUUUGUGAGGGGCACAGAUGAAGCUGGGUUAUGUAGGCUUGGAUAGCCACACGUGUUCACCAGACUGUUCAGUACAGGACACCAGUGGACUGGAGAGAAGGGCAGCUUUCCUUGUACUGAAGCAUGCUGGCACCGUAUUCCAAAGAGUUACAGAAUUCUAAAUUCAGACAUAGCCUUUCAGUUCAUUAUGUACAUGAAUCAAGAUAUUUAAGUUUGCUAAAAAAAACAAAAACCCUAAUGUUUUAUAGUAUUAGUAUAACCUUACCCUGAGCUCUGUAAAUAGGGGGGGGUAGCAGUGGUAUAUGAUGUACUUGCUCUUAAAGUUUUCCACAUUUAAGAGGUUUCAAGUGUAAAUAAUUUCCAACAAUAGCUUACCUUUUUUCUUUUUUCA